AUGCAUUGGAAAACCGCUAUUGCAUGCUUAGCAGGUCUAGGUACAGUGGUGGAUGCUGCUAUUAAUGGUCAAUUCGAGCUCGGGAGCUGUCCAGUUGGCUAUGUCCUGACUACGUACCUUGUUACUGUUACGGAAAGUUCAACCUCGACGGUCAACUCUUGGAAGGCCGGACCGUCUACAGCCAUCAGUCGGCCAGCUAUUCCUACCUGGAAUGGGUCUUCGACGAUUUCUUCGUGCACGACCAGCUUUGAGGCAGCACAGACGGAUGGUACCGAAUCUGCACCCUUGAGCUCGCCCAAUCUAGCAUCUUCUCCCGCAGAGAAAUCACGGACUACGACCACCGUUGUUUCCGAUACCAUGUCCACCAGUGUUUUCGAUGCUACGACCACCAGUGUUUCCGAUGCCACUAUCACCUCGACGCCCUCUCUGGUUGAACUGUCGCAGACAUCGUCUUCGUCUCUGCAAAGUUUACCGAAGCCGCUGGUCGGUGGCGUCGUCAGCGGACAAGCUACUUCCUAUGACGGUGGCGACGUGGAUGGAACAUGCAUGUUUUCGACCGCCGACUACACACUCCCAGCCGGGAUAUAUGGUGCGGCCCUGUCCGUGGACAACUGGGACAGUGCCGCUUGGUGUGGUGCAUGCCUUUCUGUUGUUGGUCCAAGUGGCAACUCAGUCAAAAUCAUGAUUGUCAACCAAUGUCCUGGAACUUGUGGAUUGAACAAUCUUGAUUUGCUCCCCAACGGCUUCCAACAACUGGCAGAUCUCAAAGUCGGCCGAAUUGGAGUGGAGUGGGAGAUCGUCAAGUGCGACAUCAGCAGUCCGCUGUUCCUAAAAACCAAAACUGGCUCCUCGAAAUACUGGUUCAGUAUCCAAGUCGUCAACUCGAACGUCCCCAUUAAAUCGCUCGAGGUUAGUACCGAUGGUGGACAAACGUGGCAGUCUACGAUCCGCAAAGACUACAACUUCUUCGAAAACCCUAGCGGCUUUGGGGUGGAUUCUGUUGAUGUUCGUAUAACCAGCGUUACGGGUGAGACGAUCAUAGUCAACAAUGUCAACAGCGCCUCGGAGACCCGCACAGAUGCCACCUCCAACUUUAACUAA